CUUCCCAGGAUACACCAAGCUCACAAGAGAAGGAGCACCAGUGUGCUGCUAUGACUGCUCUCCAUGCAUGGAAGGAACAAUCUCCACCCAGGAAGAUGCAGCACAUUGUGAAAAGUGUCCAGAUGAACAGCAUUCCAACCAGAAGGGAAAUCAGUGUGUUCCCAAAGUCAUAACUUUCCUCUCCUACAAAGACCCGUUAGGUCUUAUCUUGGCUAUCAUAGCCUUAUUUUUGUCUCUAAACACUGCUUUAAUUAUGGCAAUCUUCAUUAAAUACCGAGAAACCCCCAUAGUCAAAGCCAACAACCGGGAUCUCACCUACAUUCUUCUGGUCUUUCUCUUGCUUUCAUUUUUGACAACCCUUCUAUUCAUUGGUAAGCCCCAAAAAGUGACUUGCCUUCUUCAACAAAUCACCUUCAGUGUUGUUUUCUCAGUUGCCAUCUCUUCCUUGCUGGCCAAGACUAUCAUGGUGGUGGUGGCAUUUUUGGCCACAAAACCAGGCAGCAGGAUGAGGAAAUGGUUGGGCAAAAGUCUGGCCAACUCCAUUGUCUUGUCCUGUUCUGGAGUUCAGGUGGGCAUCUGCCUUACAUGGUUGGGGAUUUCUCCCCCAUUUCCACAUUCUGACCUGCAUUCCCAACCAGGAGAGAUCCUCCUGCAAUGUAACGAAGGCUCAGCCAUCAUGUUCUACACUGCCCUUGGCUACAUGGGCUUCCUGGCUGCCGUCUGCUUCUUGGUGGCUUUCCUGGCCCGCAAGCUUCCAGGGACUUUCAAUGAAGCCAAGUGGAUCACUUUCAGCAUGCUGGUCUUCUGCAGUGUUUGGAUCUCCUUUGUCCCCACCUACCUGAGCACCAAAGGGAAAUACAUGGUGGCUGUGCAGAUCUUCUCCAUCCUGGCCUCCAGCCUUGGUUUACUGGGCUGUAUUUUUCUCCCCAAAUGUUACAUCCUUAUUCUGAGACCUCACCUGAACACUAAGGAGCAUUUAAUAAUGAAAAGCAAUGAAGGCUCUUGA